GACGGCAGAUAACUGAACGUUGCUAACGGUUCACUCUGUCACACUCUGACAUGUUUUUGUUGUUUGACCGAGAUACACUCCCCAGUACGGAUAUAAAUCUGAAACGGCUAUCAAACGUUUUCCUUGCGGCAAAUCCUUGGCAGCCCUCAGCCGAGACACAUGGUGAGGAAAAUCUUAAUCCACUCAGGCCGAGCAACGGCCACAGAAGGACCUGUGGACAGUAUGGGCCUGCUGUCUAUUCUUCGGAGACUAAAGCAGCCGCCAGAGUGUGAGGUGCGCUUACUGCUGUUAGGGUUGGACAACGCUGGCAAGACCACCCUGCUGAAACAACUGGCAGCUGAAGAUAUCAGCCACAUCACCCCCACACAAGGCUUCAAUAUAAAGAGUGUGCAGUCCUCUGGGUUUAAAUUAAAUGUUUGGGACAUCGGAGGGCAACGCAAAAUUCGUCCGUACUGGAGGAAUUAUUUUGAGAACACGGAUGUGCUGAUCUAUGUGAUUGACAGCUCAGACCGGAAAAGGUUUGAAGAGACAAGUUUGGAACUUGCAGAGUUGCUGGAGGAAGAAAAGCUUGCAGCCGUGCCACUGCUCGUGUUUGCUAACAAGCAGGACUUGAUGACAGCCUCUCCGGCGUCAGAGUUGGCAGAGAGUCUUAACCUGCACACCAUCCGGGAUCGCAUGUGGCAGGUGCAGGCCUGCUCAGCACUCACUGCUGAGGGAGUGCAGGACGGGAUGACCUGGGUUUGCAGAAAUAUAAAGUUUCGAAAGAGAUAACCGGGGAGACAUGAUCAACACAAAGAAGCACUUUAAACUCGAUCUGUGGAAUAAUUUUGAAUCCCUAUAAUGCAGCAGAUAUUGGCUUUAGUAUUUUUCUUACUCAUACAACUGUAAUAAUAAAAAAAAAUUGAUAUAUAAGAAAUUCCAGUAGACUACAAAAUAGAUAUUACAGCUGUCACCGGGCCCAGUGUUUGUAUAUGAAUAUAUGGUUUUGUUUAAAUCUUAAAUAUUAUGUGAAUCCAAGCAAUUCAUUAUGUAGAUUUCUAAAUGAAUCUCAGAAAUCUAAUUUAUCACUAGAGGGCGACAUUGUAUCAGCAAACAUCUUCCUCUGCUCACAUACUAUUAUUAACAUGGGUAGUAGGGAAUCUUUUUGCCAUGGUUCAUCUAUUUUUUAUGAUCAUGAUGCCUGACAAACCACUAGUUUGGUUCAUUUUUAUUUAUGAACAAACAUAAAGUAUAUAUUCACGAUAAAAUCAGAAAGAUGGCCUUGGCAAGCAUUUUAUAAGUUUUGAGCUAAACAUUUUCCCUUUAAUGUCUUCCUAUUUCAAACUUGGACCUUCUGUUCUAUAGUUAAGCUUCUGGUUUUGUGCAAAAAAAAAAGAAACCCCUUAAUGGUCUUAAACCGUUUCAGUGGGAAAAACUCCUUGCAUGUGCACAAGAAGCUGACUUUAACCCAUUUGUCCUGCCAAUCCAAUACAUUGCAGAUAUACACCUUUCCAUUGAUUUACUCGAAUUCCCACCUUGUUCUUCACAAUUCACCAUAAGGUAAUAGCAUUCCCUGUCUCUUUCUUGCUUAUGUCUUUUUGCAGCACAUUUGCCACAAACCCGGCUAAUCUGACCUGGAUGAGUGCUCCGCUCUGGUCCUAUAAGGGCAUUUACAUACAAACCUUUUCCAGGACUAAUAGCCCACCGAUACAAUUUGCAUUUAUAUAGCCCCCUUCAUACCAACAUGAUUUGGCACCUUUGCCCAUGAUAAAAAUAACCCUCCUCCUUUGGCCUUGAGUUACUGCCCUGCUGCCAGUGCUGUGUGUGCAUUGUGCGAGUCCCUUCUCAUAUGUAAGGUUGGCUGGUUUUAAUAUGCUAGAGCCACCCGGGCCUCUGAUGUAGUCUGGGACAAGUGCAUAACCUUUCGAAAUGGGCCUCAUAAUGAUUCAGCCAUCAGUGUGGGCUUUGGUCUAGUGUUCUGUAUGCAUGUUUGCUGCUACUGCGUAUUAGAUUUUUGUUGAUCCAGCAGCCUAGGACACUUGGCCAGGGCAAAGACUCACCAGGUAAAUAUUAAUCCAUAUCACUCCUUGGUUUACUUACUUAAUAAAAUUAGAGAACUGUUAUGUUUUUGUAAAGUUGAAAUGGUAUUACAGACAUAUAGAGGAACAAAGCUCUACCUUUUUAUCCACCCACAGUAUGGAAAUUAUAUUGCAGAGGCUGUCAAGGGGCCUUAAAUCUCAAAAGAAUUAAACUUAAUUUGCCAAACACAAAGUGGAUUGGAGAGAGCGAACCUCGUUACCUCUGGUUCCAUCAUCAGAGAGGCAGUCAGGCCUGCAAAGGCCCAUAAAUCACAGGACUUUCCCAGCCUCUCAGGCCAACACUGCAGCCUCCCACAGAGGGAGAAACCAAGGGGCAGAGAGGCCGACUGACCCAAGGGCCGCAGAACCUGAGAGGAGGAGAUCCUGUGACUUAAUUAAACUAAAGAAGGAAGUGACUUUUUUGUCUAGAAUACGCACCAAAUCAUCAAGAAAUAAUAAGCUGAAAAUAAUAUUAAUUUGUGAUUAGACUAAAUGUUGCUUUGAAAUUGCAACUGGAAAGUUUCUUAAUUCUUUCUUGCAAAAUACAAAACCUUCCCAAAUGUAUUUUGGAGUUUAAAGGAAAGAUACUUUUACAGAUAUUAGGAAUCCAUGGAAAAUAGAGUUAACAACCUGAUUAUGACUGCAACCAGCUAGUUGAUUAAAAGCUAUAAUUUUUUAUUGUAUCAUCCUUAUCCUUGAGUAUUAAUUUGUUAAACCCAAACAGCAGAGAUUGUUUUACUUCCUGGUAUCAAUGCUAUAUGUUAAAAUGAACACUGAUGAUAUGGAGAGGCAAAACAUUUUCUAAACCCUAGCAGUGUCACAGCACAGGUGCUUCCUUAAUAAUAGUAGAUAGAAAUUUCAGUUUCUAACACAUAAUUUUAUUUUGUAAAAAAAUAUACAAACUAAAUUGGUCCCCUUGUUUGUUAAAAAAACACAAUGACCACAGAAAUAACUUGACUCUGAUAGUAAGUAAAAAUGAAUCAAAAUAUAUAUGAAAAUUAAGAAAUGGAGGUCAGACAGUGCUUUUAAGCUAUGCUUCAAAAGAAUGAUGAAGAAAAAAUAAAGCACUUGUGUAACAGAUUUCAUCUGUUACAUGAGUGCUUCA